AUGGCAUCAGACGUGACAUAUUGCGGCUAUGGGAUAAACAAGAGCGGAAUCCAUCCGGUGGUCGAAAAAGUCGAAGCCAUCACGAAAGCACCAGAGCCAGAGAACAUUAACCAAUUACGAUCAUUUCUUGGAAUGAUAAACUACUAUCACAGAUUCUUACCAAAUGUGGCAACGAUCCUAGAGCCACUACACAGACUACUGCGACAGGGAACCAAGUGGGAGUGGGGAGAAGAGCAAAAGGCGGCAUUUGACUAUGCAAAAGAGCUCCUACAGUCAGCUGACUUACUCAUCCAUUUUGAUCCGACCAAGCCGUUAAUCUUAGCGACAGAUGCAUCGAAUUACGGAGUUGGGGCCGUUUUGUCACAUGUAUUUCCUGAUGGGACAGAAAAACCGAUAGCGUAUGCCUCAAGGUCUUUAAACGCAGCUGAGAGAAAUUAUUCGACAAUCGAAAAGAAAGCAUUGGCCAUGAUUUUCGGCGUUAAGAAGUUUCACAAAUUUCUUUACGGACAGUCAUUUACCAUCAAAACAGACCAUAAGCCAUUAGAAGGGUUACUCAGCGACAAAAAAGGAGUCCCCACUCAGGCAGCACCACGAAUUCAAAGAUGGGCCCUCACACUAGCAGCAUACGAGUACAAGAUACAAUAUAAAGCCGGGAAAAACAAUGGGAACGUAGAUGCAUUGAGUAGACUACCCCUACCAAAGAUGCCACUGUCAACGCCACAGCCAGGUGAAACAAUCCUCCUGAUGGAACAUUUGGAGGAAACACCAGUCAACAGCACUCAGAUAAGAGAGUGGACCAAACGAGAUCCAGUUAUGUCAAAAGUCCUUCGUUUCACAAUGCAAGGUUGGGCAGAGUCCUAUGAUUCCACAACAUUUAAAUCUUACCACAACAAAAAGUUUGAGUUAAGUGUGGAGGAUGGCUGUUUACUCUGGGGUACGAGAGUUAUCAUUCCACCCCCAGGACGAUCAAAGAUCUUAACGGAGCUGCAUGAAGCACAUCCAGGGGUUUCCCGCAUGAAAGCCCUCGCAAGAAGCUAUGUGUGGUGGCCUACUCUUGAUGAAGAUAUUGAGAGGGAAGUGAAGAAUUGCAAUCAGUGUCAACUGCAUCAUACAACUCCAGCUGCUGCACCAUUUCAUCCAUGGGAGUGGCCAGGACAUCCCUGGACGCGGCUUCAUAUUGAUUAUGCAGGACCAUUCAAAGGUGAAAUGUUUCUGGUAGUGGUUGAUGCAUAUUCUAAGUGGCUAGAAGUUCACCAGAUAACAUCCACUACGUCUACAGCAACCAUUGAGAAACUACGCGAGAUUUUUGCCACACAUGGGCUACCGACAACAGUUGUCAGUGACAAUGGAACAAAUUUCACGAGCAAUGAAUUUGGAGAAUUUAUGAAGCGAAAUGGUAUUAAACGCAUCAAAGUUUCACCAUACCACCCAGCAUCAAAUGGGCAAGCAGAGCGUGCAGUGAGAAUUUUUAAAGAGGGCAUUGAGAAGAUGAAGGAAGGAAGUAUGAGAACAAAAUUAUCGCGAUUCCUUCUGAAAUACCGUAUUACACCCCAUACGACAACGGGUGUGCCGCCAGCGGAGCUGUUGAUGGGCAGACACCUGCGUACUCAGUUGGAUCUGAUACAGCCAAACCUUGGAGAUCGGGUGAGGGAAAAACAAUCACAGCAAAAGGCAGUACAUGACUAUCAUGCUAGAGAACGGAUUAUCAAAACCGGGAACCUAGCAUAUGCGAAAGAUUUCAGGAAACCGAAAAGUUGGAUGCCCGGGACGGUAGUGAAGAAGACAGGACCAGUGUCGGCAGAAAUACAGCUUGAUGAUGGUCUAAUUAUCCGGCGUCACCAAGAUCAUCUCCGCAUUCGCACUGAUGUUCCUCCAACAACUAUAGCGAGUGGAUUGGAAGACAUCCAACUACCAACCAGGGAGGUGAAUCCUGCAGAACCAUGGGAAGAACCCGAACUGGAAGCGAGAGCAGAACAAAGAAGACAACCUCAUAGAGACCGUCGUCUUCCUCAACAUUUGCAGGACUAUGAACUAGCAAACAGCUAA